CAACAGCUAUGUCUUGGAACGACGAUCUAUCCAGCAUGCUUCCGACAUCGUUCGGCAAGAAGACGAAAUCUGCCACAGCAGCACCUGCCAAAACCGGUGAGGACGACACGGAUUGGGAUGCCUUGCGAAGCUUUAUGCCCACUUCCUUUGGAAAGCAAGAGAAGAAGAAAAAUGUGUCUUCUUUUUUUGAGAAAACAAAGCGUGAGGACGUCGACUCCGAGAUAGUGCCACAAAAACGACAACGAGGCAACGACAAUGAUGCGGUAAAAGUGGAGAACGAUCACCUGAAGGCAAAUGACAAUAUCGACGAUGAUGAUGACAGCGAUGAUGAUAGUGAUGAUGACAGUAUGGACGGUGAUUUAGCCCAGGAUCAAGAGCUGCCUAUAUCCCACGAAAUCCAGCUAAAGGAUCACCAUAGAACUGUUUCUGCUCUUGCGCUCGAACCUUCUGGAUCUCGAUUGAUUAGUGGAGCGUACGACUAUGAUGUGAAGUUCUGGGAUUUUGCUGGAAUGGAUGCAUCCUACAAGCCCUUCCGAACUAUUGAACCAGUCGGUGGACACAAAAUUCACGAUCUGCAUUAUUCCAAUACCGGAGACUCCUUCCUGAUUAUCUCUGGAUCUGCUAGAGCAAAAUUGUUCGACCGUGAUGGGUAUGAAAUAACGGAAUACGCAAAGGGUGAUCCAUACAUAAGAGAUCUUCGCAAAACCGAUGGUCAUAUUUCAAGUUUAACAAGUGGAGCAUGGCACCCUCACGAAAAGAACACCUUCAUCACAGCAUCUCAAGAUAGUACGAUCCGAAUUUGGGAUGUCGAGAACAAGAGAAAGCAAAAGGAUGUUAUCAUGUAUAAAAGCAAGGAAAGAGGCGGAAGAACGAUCGUCACGGCAACAGCAUAUAGUAAGGAUGGAAAAAUGAUAGCAGGAGCCUGCCAAGAUGGAACCUUAAACGUUUGGGCUUCCAAUGGCCCAUUCACAAGGGCAGUGCACUCACUUGAAAAUGCACAUGUCAAUGGUACGGAAACCUCAUCGGUAGUAUUCUCAAUGGACAACCAGACGUUCGUGACUAGAGGUGGCGAUGAUACUGUAAAAGUGUGGGAUCUUCGCAAUUUUAAGAAACCAGUUUCUGUUGCCAAUGAUUUGGCCACUAUCAACCCGGAAACCAAUGUAAUCUUCAGUCCAGAUGAGAGAUUGAUUCUGACCGGUACUGCGGUCAAGAAAGGAGAGGGCUAUGGUAAGCUUGUCAUGAUGGACCGCGAUACCCUUGAGAUUCGUCGCACUAUGAGCAUCACGCAAUCCAGUGUUGUUCGCGUUCUCUGGCAUGCAAAAAUCAAUCAGAUUAUCACGGGAAGCGCAGACGGAAACAUUGGUGUCUACUACAGCCCGACGGCUUCCGUUAGAGGUGCCAAGCUAUCUGUUGUUCGUGAACCCAAGAAGCGAGCUGUGGAUGAUUACGAAAUUGAUCGUCCUAUUAUUACCCCACAUGCUCUUCCCAUGUUCAAGGAGGAGAGAGCGAGAAGCACCAAGCGCAAGAGAGAAAAGCUCAGAAACGAUCCCAAGGCAUCCAGACGACCAGAGAUGCCAAUGUCUGGCCCUGGAAGAGGUGGACGUGUUGGUACCAACACGCAACAGCAUGUUAUUAAGAGCUUGUCGAGAGAUACCACUAGAGAUGAAGAUCCAAGAGAGGCCCUCCUGAAAUAUGCUGCUGUCUCAGAAGACGAUCCAGUUUGGGUUGGCAAAGCAUAUCAAAAAACACAACCCAAGGCAGUCUUCGAAAAAGAUGAAGACGAUGAUGAAGACGAUGAUGAGUAAAGAUUUCUGCAUAGUCUUUGUACAUUAGUAUGUUUAAAAAUAGCCAAAUUACAUAUGUAGUAUAAAAGAAAUUCAAAACCGAAAUAGAACGGUACGCUAUCGGCGUACAUACAUCACAAACUCGUACUCUAAGCCUUGCCACUCCUGUCGUCCCAUUGGCACUUCUUCUUCUGCAAAUGCCUCGAGUUCAUGAUGUUCUGCUCUUCUGAAGACGGCUUCAUCAAUUUCAGGGAAAAAGGAGUCGCAUUGGAUUUCAGCAUGGAUGACUGUCAAAAGCAAAUGUGUGCACUUUUCCAUCGUGAUGGCU